UUAUCUUUUAAAUGUGGAAAGGUCUAGUAUUCCAAGGAACGGCAAAAUGAAAGAUAUCAAUUUCAUUUUCGAAGCAACUGUCACCCUCCUCUUAGCAGCGACCGAGGCAAAAGAUGUUUUACAUGUUUUACAUCUGGAUGAUAAAAAACGAAAACUUCCAAAGAAGUCGAAAAAGUGAUGGGACUUCAU